GAUCUGAUGAAGGAGUGGAUAAUAUUACUAAAGUGAUGGAUGAAGAAGAUAAUGAAUUAAACAAGAAUGAUUAUGAUAGAGUGAAUGAAAAUGACUACAAUGGAAUAAAUGAAUCCAAUUGGAAAGAAGAUGAUUAUGAUGAAGAAGAUGAUGACCAUGAUGAAGUGAACGAUGAUGACUAUAAUAAAGCGAACAAAUCUGAUUGGAAAGAAGAUGAGUAUGAUGGAGUGAAUAAUAAUAAUAAUAUUGAAUUUGUCUAA